AUGAUGUACUUAUGCUCUUUUGCAGAAGUUGUGAGAUUACUGUCAGAAAAAGCGCCAGCACAUUGCAUUCUAAAAAUUGAUUCAUUCUCUGAACUUCAAGAUGCGUAUGUGUCUAGAAAGAACAAAGACUAUCUUGAAUCAACAGAAUUUAGCGUGGGGGGUUUUACAUGGAUGUUAUCUGUGUGUCCCAAACGGAACGAGCCAGAACAAGGAGAUGAACAUCUCUCAGUUUAUGUGACAUUGGUUGAUAAACUCGAACCUGGUAGCCUUGUCGAUGUGGUGCUUCGAUUUUUUGUUCAUGAUCACCUAAGGGAUGCCUAUCUCUCUGUCUUAGAUGUAAGAGAGAGGCGAUUCCAUGCUUUGAAAGAUAAAUGGGGAGUUCCCAAAUUUGUUCCAAUUUCCACAUUCAAUGAUGCGGAUUAUGGAUUUUUGGUUGAUGAUUGCUGUGUAUUUGGUGCCGAGGUUCUUGUCAUAAACAACCAGCAGGUUAAGAUAUCUACUAUGUCGAUUGUUGAAGAGAAAUCGGUCAAGAGCUAUACUUGGAGAAUUGAGAGCUUCCAAUCAUUGAGUAAACGGUUAAGUUCUCCAAGAUUUUGUUUUAAUGGAUGGUCAUGGAAAUUGGUUUUACAUCCAAGAGGGCAGUCUAAUGCAAAGGGAAAACACCUAUCAUUAUUUCUGCGGCUAGACAAUAAUUCUGGUCUAACUCAUGGUAACAAACUGUAUGUUGAAUAUUUUCUUUACUUAAAGAAUCAACGCAAAGAAGAAGACCACUACAGACUUGGUCGUAACUGGUAUUCUGCAAGCUCAGACAGUUGGGGCUUCUCAACCUUUCUUUCUCUCUGUGACCUACAUGAUAAUUCGAAAAGCUACCAAGUAGACGAUACCAUAAUCACUGAAGUUCAUAUUCAGAAGAUGAUUUUGCUGAAAGAUAAUAUGGCUUCUGUCAAACAGGAGAAAUUGAACUUAUAUGCAAGAGGAAACAAAGAGGAGAAGGGGAAAAGCCUCUCAUUGUAUCUGCACCUAGACACUAAGCUAACUCAUGGUAACAAACUGUAUGUUAAAUUUAUUCUUUACUUGAAGAAUCAAUGCGAUGGAAAAGAUCACCAAAAGUUUGUUGCUAAAUGGCUCACUGCAAGUAAUGAAGCUUGGGGCUACCAUGCCUUUUUUUCUCUUGAAAGUCCACAUGAUUCUUCAAAUGGCUACCUAUUAGGCGACACUAUAAUCGUUGAAGUUUGUAUUAAGAAGAUGUUCAUGCUGAAAGACAUGGAUUCAUUAAAGGAAGAGUAA